AUGUUAGUCGCGGCUUUCCUGCGCAAUGGCUUGGGCCUCUUGGUGCCUGUGGCGAUAGCCUGCACGAUUUACCUCUAUCUUUAUCCCCUGUUUGGCGGCUGCGCGUUUCCCCUGCCCUCGAGAGACGCCCACGAAGCGUUUGAGGCCACCAAACGACUCCAUUGGCCCUUCAACGAGACUCAAACCGACGCAGAUCAUGUGCCUACUCAACUUGCUCCCUUUCGACUGCUUGCUCUGGGCGAUCCGCAGCUCGAGGGCGACACUUCGGUCGCGACGGUCAUCCUGGGCACAUUCCCCCACGUAAUCAGCAUCUACAAGCAUCUCACCUUUCAGACGGCGCACUGGUCGUUUCGAGAGCGCAUCCGCUGGACGGUGCACGAUGUCGUCGACGUCUUCUUCGAAGACAUUCCCUAUUAUCUCGACUCUUGGCGCAAACGUCUCGACCUCUUCGGCAACGACUUCUACCUCGCCCACAUCUACAGAACCCUACACUGGUGGUCGCGUCCGACACACGUGAGCGUCCUUGGUGAUCUUUUGGGCAGUCAGUGGAUCGAAGACGACGAGUUCGACAAGCGAGGCCACAGAUUCUGGGAGAGGACUUUCCGCGGCGGAGAGAGAGUGCCGGAUGAUAUCGCCACGUGGCCAGCGCACGAAUAUGAUUUGACGGGCAUGCUGGACGGAUCCGAGGCGGAGGAGAUUUGGACAAAGAGAAUCAUCAACGUUGCUGGCAACCACGACAUUGGAUAUGCUGGAGACUUGACUGCCGAGCGGCUGGAGAGGUUCGAGCGUGUCUUUGGCAAGGUCAACUAUGAACUUCGAUUCGGAAUUCCCAUCAACGACUCGGAUGUGUUAGCCACCAUUCAUAACGACCAAACAAACCCCGACUCUCCCCGACUGGAACCCGAGAUUCGUAUCGUCGUUCUCAAUGACAUGAAUCUCGACACCCCUGCCAAGGACACCGAGCUGCAAGAUGAGACGUACAAAUUCAUCAACGCCGUCAUCGGAACCUCGGCCGCCGUCGAGUACUCGGGCAUCUUCACCCUCGUCUUGACCCACAUUCCGCUGUACAAGCCCGAGGGCGUCUGCGUCGACGCACCCUUUUUCGACUUUCACGGCGCAGAGGACGGAGGUGGCGUGAAGGAGCAGUAUUUGCUGAGCUCGGACGCAAGCAAGGGCUUCCUCGAAGGGUUCUACGGCAUGAACAAAGACCCCAACGCGGCCGGUGCCGGGCGAGGCCGCAAGGGCUUGAUCCUCAACGGACACGAUCACGAGGGCUGUGAUACAUACCACUUCAUCAACCAGACAAACGGCACGGAUCCGAGUGAGCGCUUCUGGGAGGUGGCUAGAUGGCGUGAUGCUCAGGCUCGAGGACUGCCGAACCUGACCACUUCAGGUGUCCCGGGCAGACGAGAGAUUACGGUGCGUAGCAUGAUGGGCGACUUUAGCGGCAACGCGGGCCUUCUCAGCAUGUGGUUCAACCAGGAGACGUGGGAGUGGGAGUACGAGUUUGUCAAUUGUCGUCUGGGCACACAGCACUUUUGGUGGUUCGUCCACUUUCUGGAUUUGGGCGUCGUCAUCGCUUUCCUGGUGUACAUUGUUGUGAGCAUCCUGGGGCUCGUGGGAGUCGAUGUGGACGCACGCUUCUUUCAGCUGGUUGCCUGGAUAUGGCGCAAGUUGGCUCCGGCAUGGUUGACGAGGAGGAACGACGCGGCGACACAGAACGGACAUGCUAGGAUAAAAGGGUGA